AUGGCGACCUUCGACACCGGAACAAAACACCGCGAGGGUGUAGAGCACCUGGAGCGAAACGAGCAUUCACCCGUCCCGGCAAACAAGUAUGAUCUCGACAUCGACUUCUCUCCGGCCGAACAGCGCAAGAUCAUCCAUCGAAUCGAUCGACGCCUCAUCAUAACAAUCGGAAUCAUGUAUUGCGUUUCUCUAAUGGAUCGCACAAACUUGAGCAACGCGGCAAUCGCAGGCAUGACAACAGAGCUAUAUUUGAUCGGAUUCCGAUAUUCGAUUAUUACUCUUGUUUUCUUCAUUACGUAUGUGAUGUUCCAGCCUCCAGCGACGGUACUUUGCAAAAAGAUUGGCCCCAGGUGGUUUUUGAGUGUUAUUACAUUUCUGUGGGGAUGUUUGAUGAUUGGAAUGGGAUUUGUUGACACCUGGAGCACACUCGCCGGGCUCCGAGUCAUUUUGGGGUUACUUGAAGCUGGAUUUUUUCCUGGAUGCGUUUAUCUGCUCAGCACAUGGUACGUACGAUAUGACAUGGGCAAGCGUUAUGCCUUCUUCUACCUCCUCGGCAUGCUUGCAAGCGCCUGUUCCGGCAUUCUUGCCUUUGGCUUGAUGCAGAUGAAUGGACUCGCUGGCAUGGGUGGAUGGCGAUGGAUCUUCGUCAUGGAAGGUAUAAUCACCGUCCUCAUCGCCAUCGGCGGCUUCUGCUUCCUCGUCCCAUUCCCAGACGACAGCCCACACAAGUGUUGGGGAUUCCUGAACGAGCGUGAAGUGCAAUGGGUCAUCGCCCGCGUCGAAGCCGAUCGAGCAGAUACCAAAACCGAGCCCUUCAACCUCCUCAAAUUCCUGAAACCCGCCAGUGACCCGAAAGUCUGGGGCUUCGCUCUCAUCUUCUUCUGUUUGACAACCGUCACUUACGCCCUCGCAUACUUCCUCCCAAUCAUCUUAAGAGAAGGAAUGGGCUUUAGCGUCGGUGCAUCACAAUGUCUAACCACACCACCCUACGCUUUCGCUGGUAUCGUGAUGUUCAUCACAGCUUGGAUCGGAGACAAAUACCACGUCCGCGGUCCCCUGCUCAUUUUCAACGCUACCUUGUGCAUCAUUGGACUGGCACUGAUGGGCUGGGUCGAUAUCCUCGGCGUUCGAUAUUUUGGCGUAUUCCUGACGUGCGCUGGAGCGAACGCGAACAUUCCUCAAUGCAUGACUUACCAGGGCAACAAUAUCCGCGGUCAAUGGAAGCGGGCCUUCUGCUCUGCGACUUUGGUCGGGUUUGGUGGGAUCGGAGGUAUUGCGGGCUCUUUGGUUUUCCGAAAACAGGAUGCUCCGGAGUACUUGCCCGGACUUUGGGCGUGUAUGGCGGCGUGUUUGUUGAUCAUCGUUACGGUUUGUGUUUUGGACACGUAUUUCUAUUUUGCGAAUAAGAAGGCUGAUCGGGGUGGGUUCGCGAUUGAGGGGGCUGAUGAUGGGUUCCGGUAUACUUACUGAGGAUGAAGGCGGAAAGUAUGUCAGGCGCUCAGCGAAGACAGUUCCAAUCGAUAGCACGCACGUAUACAGCUGAACUCGAAUCUGGCUCGCACGUG